GUCCUCAUAGCAUUACUUGCAAAAGAAUCUUGAGCUGAGAAAAGUCACAGUGAUUGAAAUGUCUAAACCCAACAGCUAGCGACAGCCAGGCAGCAUAUACAGUGGUCACUUCCACUAACACAGUUGAAGCCAAUGGGAGCCUCCUCACAAAAGGCCGAAUUAAUUGCCUUGACUAGGCACUCCAAAUAGCCAAGGGCCAACGUGCUAAUAUCCACACUGACUCUAAAUAUGCCUUUUUAAUAGCCCAUGCCCAUUCUGCACUCUGGAAGGAAAGUGGCUUCCUUACUACCAGAGGCACUCCCAUAGUUAACAGACCCCUUAUAGUCAACCUCUUGGAGGCCCUCCAGCUCCCUGCAGAAGUAGCCAUUAUUCCCUGUCAGGAACACCAAUCCUCCAAGGACCCAGCGGCCUUAGGCAAUGCCAAGGCUGACUCAGUGGCCCGGGGGCUGGCCUCCAUCUCCUCUGAUUCCACAGAACAUAUUUUGUUCUUGACUUCCUCCUAUCAACCCCAUUACCAACCAAAAGAGAGGGUCGAGCUCAUAAAAAAGGGGGCCUACAAAAACAAAGGAUGGAUGGUUCUGUUUAAAUAACCAUCUCAUCCUUCCUCAUGACCAGGCAUUGUCAAUCAUUUCAGACAUCCACCAGACCUUACACAUAGGCCCCAAAGCUUUGCUCCUCUUAUUUGAGCCCUUCUUUGACCCACCCAUAUCCGAGAUCGUAUUUUACAGGAUCACUCCUCAUGCCAGAUGUGUGCCCAUGCCAAUCCACAGGGGGCUCUUCACAUACGUCAGUCUCUACAUCAGCUUUGUAGGGCAAAGAUUGGCAGGUUGAUUUCACCCAUAUGCCUUCUCAUAAAAAAAAAACUCCAUUAUCUCUUAACACUUGUGGACACUUCUACAGGAUGGAUAGAAGCAUUUCCAGCUUCCAGGGAAACGGCAGAUGUGGUGGCUCAGAUACUCCUGGACCAUGUCAUUCCUCGGUUUGGCAUCCCACCGACCAUCCAGAUGGACAAUGGGCCAGCCUUCACUUCCAGGGUCAUGGAGCUUGUGUCAGAAGCUCUCAACGUCUCCUGGAAAUUCCACAUCCCCUACUAUCCACAACCCUCUGGAAAGGUGGAGAGGCCCAAUGGACUCAUCAAACAACAGCUAAUCAAGCUCUCCAUUGAACUCAGGUUAUCUUGGCCCUCCCUUCCCCCCAUUGCCCUUACUUGCCUCAGGGCCACCCCACAUUCCCCUACGUGUCUGAGCCCUUUCAAGCUCCUUUAUGGCAGACCCUUUUUCCUCAACCAUCACCUCCCAGCCCAUACUCCUCCACUAGUGGGGUAUCUACCCUACCUCUCCCUUCUGAGGUCCCUUCUUCAUUCACAUGCUGACAGUUGUCUCUCUGUCCCCACACCAGUGGACACUAAUGCCCCUAAACCUGCCCUGCUCUCCACAGGGGAUGAAGUAUUCCUCAAACAGCUAACUCCUAGGUUUCUUGAACCUCGAUGGACAGGACCUCACACGGUGAUUUUAAGGAGUUGGAACCCACUCCCACCCCUCAGAGUUAGUACAGGACACCCGCAGACACCAAGUUCUCAGCACAAAGGACAUUUAUUACCUGGAGUGGCAAGCUGGGCAUGGACACUGCCUCUGGAUUGACCAGACAGCAUGAAGCAGUAG